UGCGUUGUGUGGUGCGUGUAAUAGCUUGUCUGUUCGAAUUGAUUUCCGUUUCCGUUACCGUUUCGGUUUCCAUCUCCUUCCUCCGCCGCAGAGAGCGAUGUCUUCUGCCGAGACGGAGAUGGAGCCACUGACGUCAGGUGCCAGCAACCGCAUAAUUCCGAUUCUGAAAACCCUCAGGGCCUCGCUGAUCUUCGUUUACACCUUCUUCCUCUCCUUCAUCUUGUUCGUUCUUCCCCGGCGCCGCCGUCUAUCCUCUCCGGCAUCGCUGGCGGCGGGGCCCUCUUCGCCUCGGAAGCAUUUGAAACGCCGGUGGCUGGUCCGGGAGGAAGAGGACACCUUCAGAAGAAGAGCGUUGGCAGAAGACGUGGGAAUGGGCCACGACGACGGUUUCUGCCGGUGGACCACUUCUAUCUUCUAUGGAGUUAGAAAUAACGCUCUGUUUUGCCGGUCGUGGUUCCCGGUCUCCUGUCAUCUAAAAGGCAUUCUUAUCAUCGUUCAUGGGCUCAAUGAACACAGUGGAAGAUAUGCGGACUUUGCUAGGCAAUUAACAUCAUGCAACUUUGGUGUCUAUGCAAUGGACUGGAUAGGGCAUGGAGGGAGUGAUGGAUUGCAUGGUUAUGUUCCUUCUCUUGAUCAUGUGGUUGCAGACACAGGGGCUUUCCUGGAAAAGAUUAAAUCAGAGAAUCCUGGGAUUCCAUGCUUUCUCUUUGGUCAUUCCACUGGAGGGGCUGUGGUUUUGAAAGCGGCUUCCCACCCUCAUAUUGAAGUAAUGGUGGAAGGAAUUAUACUAACCUCACCAGCUUUGCGUGUGAAGCCGGCCCAUCCAAUUGUUGGUGCUGUUGCUCCACUUUUUUCUCUGGUAGCUCCGAAGUUCCAAUUUAAAGGAGCAAACAAAAAGGGCAUUCCAGUUUCGAGGGAUCCAGCAGCUUUGUUGGCGAAGUACUCUGAUCCUUUGGUCUACACAGGACCUAUAAGGGUCCGAACUGGCCAUGAAAUAUUGCGGAUAUCCUCCUACUUAAUGCGAAACUUCAAGUCUGUGACAGUGCCAUUCUUUGUCCUGCACGGAACAGCUGAUAAGGUAACUGAUCCACUGGCCUCCCAAGAUCUAUACAAUAAUGCAGCUUCAGAGUUCAAAGACAUAAAGCUUUAUGAUGGCUUCUUGCACGACCUUCUGUUUGAGCCUGAGCGUGAAGAGAUAGCUCAGGACAUUAUCAACUGGAUGGAAAAGAGAUUAUUUACUAUUUAAAAAUGCCAAUAAUUGGGGGUUAAUAGGAAAGGCAAGACAUAAGAGAAAAGGAAAGAAAGAACGGGAUGCCAUGGUUUGCUAAGUGUAGAAAAUCGAAGUUAUCCCGGGAAAGGGAUGGCGGAAUCAUUCAUCUUUUGUUUUAGGUGUUAGAUAUAUAUGUAUGUAUAUAUAUGAGUAUGUGUGGGGAUCGUUGUUCCGUGGUGAACCUUGUACAUUAAUAGACUUAAGUUUGAGUAGUGUUUUCAUCUCUCUAGUUCCCGCAUUCUUUCAAUUUGUGAUCUGUGUAAUAUCUUUCAUAGUUGCGCUUUUUUUUAUGC